AUGGAAGACCCAACCUACGUCCCCGCUCUCCCCAAGGAUGUCUCCGUCGCUACCAUCGAGAGCCACAGUGCUUCGGAUGUCCAGGCUCAGGAGUACAACGUGCACUGGUUUCGUAGCACUACAUUCCAGGUCCUCGUCGUAUUCUUUUGCGCACCCGGAAUGUACAACGCUCUUUCCAACCUCGGCGCGGGAGGACUUGCUACCCCAUGGUAUGCCAACGCCACUGCGGCGGCUGGCUAUGGUUCCUAUGCAGGGAGUCUGUACAUAAAUUCCAAGAAUGGGACGCAAUGGUUUCUCAUGCUUGGUUCCAUCCUGUCCGGUAUGACUGAUGGCUUGAUGUAUGCGGUUGAAGGCCCCAUCAUCACCUCGUACCCGGAAGAGGCAUCGAGAGGGAAAAUGCUCGGCUUAUGGGUAUUCAUGCGGUCUGCUGCUCCUGUCAUUGGCGGAGCGAUCAUCUUCGGGCUGAACUCGAAGACGGACUCCUCCGGCGCCGUGUCUUUGCAUACGUAUCUCGUCAUCAUUGGCAUAAUGUGCGCCGGCCCGUUCUUUGCUUUGCUCAUAUCCCACCCGGACAAGGUCCAACGUAAGGAUGGCAAGGCUAUCCACUUCCGGAAGACGGGCUGGAAGCAGACCUUUGCGGAAUGGUUCAAGGUCGUCUCGUCCCCUUCCAUUCUCUUCCUGUGCCCGUUGUUCUUCACCUCUUGGUUCUACGGAUCCUACAUUGGCACGCUCCAGACGCAAUUCAUGAACGUCCGGACGCGCGCACUGUGCGCCUUCACCAUCAACUUUGCCGACAUCAUCGGUGGCUUCGGUAUUGGAUGGUUUCUCGACAGGCAGUCGAUGUCCAUCAAGGCGCGCGCGCGGUGGGCAUUUGGUGGCCUCAUGGUCUUCAACCUCGCCCUCUGGGUCUGGACGGCGAUCGUAACCAAGCAGCUCAUUCAGCACCAGCCCACAAUCGACUGGACAGACAGCAGCUGGUUCGGGAAAACAUAUGCGCUGUUCUUCUUCUUCGACAUGGCGACGAUGGCGACCCAGACGACGCUGUACUGGAUUCUUAGCCAAAUGUCUGACGAUUUCAUCGUGCUCUCGUACAUGACGGGCACAUUGCGUGGUAUUGAAUGUGCUGGCCAGGCGGUUGCGUACGGCAUCAAGUCGAGCGAUACCACCGACUGGCUCUCCAUCGGCCUCAACAUCGGCUUGAUCGUCUUCGCCAUCCCCUGGGCGUGGGUCGUCGUGCGCAAAAUCGGGAUAGAAAGGUUUAGCAUCGUUCGUCUGGUGGACGAGGAACCUCAUCCCCAGCCGAAGCUGACAGUGAAGGAGAAGGAAGAGUAUGCACCUUGA